GUUUUGUCGAGUGAUUUUUAAAUAAGUUGGCUACAUUGGUUGAAAGUGGGAUGGUAUAGAUGCGCUUUGGUCAUAACAGGUGUAGCGUCCUGAACGCUAAAAGCAAACUAGUAGCAGACAAUGCGUUUAAGUGAAACUACAGAACUAGCAGAAUACAAGAAUAUCUGAAGAUGAAAAUAGUGAAGCUUAUAGCACUUUUCACUCUGAUGAGAAGUGUCCAGUUCUGCAUUGCGACUCACUGUGAUGUCAACCUUGAAAAGAGAAUUGAUUGUUUUCCGGAAAGUUCUCCAUUGCAUCAAGAAAAAUGUGAACAGCGAGGAUGUUGCUAUAAUCCCCGUCAUUCCCAGCAUGCAAACGACGGUGUUCCCUGGUGUUUUUUUCCAUCUGAUUAUACAAACUCUUAUUUGCUAACUGACUUCCAGGAAACGAAUACAGGCUUCGAAGGGACUUUGAAACUUUCUUAUUCUGCGGCAUCUUAUCCACCAAAUGCGCUUCCGGUUCUGAAAUUAUUCAUUUAUCUCGAAUCUCCUAAUCGCCUCCAUUUCAAAAUUAUCGACCCAGUAAACAAGAGAUAUGAAGUACCUAUUGCUACUCCAAAGAGUGUGAAAUCAGUAUUACCACUUCUGUAUGAUGUCAAUGUAUCAUUGAAAAAUGAAAAGUUUUUUUUGAAAGUAGUAAGAUCCGAUACUGGCCUAACCAUAUUUGAUACAAGUGUGGGACCAAUUUUGUAUGGAGAUCAAUAUUUACAGAUUUCUUCUAGUUUGGCAUCUUCAAAUAUAUACGGAUUGGGAGAGCGCCAUGGCAAAUUACGUCCUGAUGUAUACUGGCACCGCAUACCAUUUUGGGCCGCUGACCAUGCGCCAGGGUUUCCGCAAGGAGGGAACUUAUAUGGUGAUCAUCCUUUCUAUAUUGUUAUGGAACCUGAUGGCAAAUCACAUGGUGUGUUUUUUCUCAACAGUAAUGCAAAAGAGGCAGAAUUGCAGUCUGAACCUGCAUUAACUUGGAGAAGUAUUGGAGGCAUUAUGGAUUUUUAUAUCUUCUUGGGACCAAGUCCAGAAGAGGUUAUUCAACAAUAUACAGAUACUGUUGGUCGUCCGUUCAUGCCCCCAAUGUGGUCACUGGGUUAUCAUCUGUGUAGAUGGGGUUAUUUAACAGCAAAUACCACAUUGGAUUAUGUAGAGAAAAUGAGGGAAGCAAGAAUACCACAGGAUGUACAGUGGAAUGACAUUGACUACAUGGAUAGACAAUUAGACUUCACAUACAAUUCAACAACUUUUUCUACAUUGCCUUCUUUAGUUAAGAAUUUGCAUUCUCAUGGACAACACUAUGUAAUGAUUGUGGAUCCUGGAAUAUCUAGUGAUCAACCGAAGGGGUCUUACUCUCCUUUUGAUGAUGCUGUUGCGUCACAUGUACUUGUUAAAGAUUCUGUAACUCAAGAACCUGUUAAUGGAGUCGUAUGGCCUGGUAAUGUUGUAUUUCCUGAUUUCACCAAUCCUGCAACUACAGAGUAUUGGCACAAACAACUUUCAAUGUUUCAUCAGUCUGUUGAAUUUGAUGGUGUUUGGAUAGAUAUGAAUGAGUAUUCAAAUUUCCAGGAUGGCUGUCCGAAGCAGUGUUACAAAAACAAUACGUAUGACUACCCACCUUAUGUACCAAUGGUCACAGGGGGAAGUUUAUUCUCCAGAACAAUAUGUCCGUCUUCAUUGCAAUAUGUUUCUAACAAUUACAAUGUUCACAGUCUGACUGGUCUAUUUGAAAUGAAAGCAACAAGUGAAGCUUUGAUUAAAAUUCGAAAUAAGAGACCAUUUGUUAUAUCAAGAUCAACUUUUCCAAGCUCUGGAUUGUACGGUGGACAUUGGACAGGGGAUAUAAAAAGUACAUGGGAACAUAUGAGACUCACGAUUUCAGGAAUACUUGGAUUUAACAUGUUUGGUAUUCCUUUAGUAGGAGCUGAUAUUUGUGGCUUUGGAGGAAAAACCACCAUUGAAUUAUGUACAAGAUGGAGCCAACUUGGAGCUUUCUAUCCUUUUAGUCGUAACCACAACGAUAUCAACGGAUCUCCACAAGCUCCAGUUGAUUUCCCAAAAUCAACGCAAUCAAUAAUAAGGAAAGCUUUAUCUCAAAGAUAUACAUUUCUUCCAUACUUGUAUACCUUAUUUCAUAUAGCACAUACCUAUGGUGGGACUGUAGCAAGACCUUUGUUUUUCGAAUUUCCCACCGACACUAACACAUAUGCAAUUGAAGAGCAGUUUUUGUGGGGUCAUAGUUUAAUGAUAUCACCUGUUUUGUAUCCAUCUAUGGACUCGGUGAAAGGAUAUUUUGCAAAAGGAUUGUGGUAUGAUGCUUACAUGGAAAUGGGGAAGCCUAUUUCGUCUGAGGGGGAAAUGUUUAUGUUGAACGCACCUAUUGAUUCCAUUCCGCUUCACAUAAGAGGCGGAUCUAUAUUACCAUUAUGCGAUCCUGACAUAGUAACAAGUAUGGCUGGACCGUUAUUUUUAAUAGCAGCUGCUGAUGAGCAUGGAAAAGCAAAUGGCUCAAUUUUUUGGGAUGAUGGUGACACAUUAGGCACAUACCCAAAUGGAGAAUUUGUGUUUUUCAAAUUCGACAUGAGAAACAACACCUUAUCUGGCAAACUUGCGAAAGGCAGUAAAAGUCUUUCAAUGAAAAUGGAGAUGAGUAGAAUCUUGAUAUAUGGUUUGCAGUGCCAACCCACUGAAGUGACUUUUAAUGGACAAAGUGUUAAAUUCGUCAUGGGAUCAUAUAAUGAUUUAACUGUAAAUUUGUCUCAUGCUACUUUCCAGGAUUCUUUCAUAUUGGAAUGGACUUGUGCUUAAACAGAUUUGAAAACAUCCACCGUAGAACCAAAUCAGCUUAUGUCACACUUUAUGAAUUUUUUAGAAAUUAUGUUUUUGCAAUAGUUUGCUUCUAACAGCCAAACCCAAAAAUAAACAUAAGGCACUGCCCCAAAAUUAAAACUAAAACAAGUACAGCUAUGAAACCCAGACCAAAUCAUGGCCACUGCUCCAUAAUAAAAGAAGAUAAUAAAAGAAGAUUUCUGGAAAGUGUGACUUGAGCUACUUCGAUUUUAAUGUGGCGACUUAUUAUUAGAAAAGUGUUAAACUUUCUAGAUAUUGAUCUUAUUACUGUGAGAAUAAUUCAGAAAGAUAUUCUUGGCUUUCUUUAAAAGUAUUUGCCUAAUAUCAUGCUGGAUAUAGAUAUUAUCAUGACUUCAUGAGUGAAGCUAACUAAUUAUUAUUUUUUGUCACAUUUCAUUCACAAUUUUUAUGCCAUAUUAUAUUCUCACCAUGUUUUCCUAUUUUUCACUUCAUAUUAUGCGAUGAACUUACUACAUUAUGCAUUUAAUGCUUCUGAUUUUUCGUGUGCAAUUUUCCCUAUUUCUUGUUCAAUACGUCUGGUUUGAGAGUAGUUGCAAAAUGAGAAAUUUAGGAGUUCACUGUUAUUUUUUACUGUGAUGAUCAUCCCGCCAUAUUAAUGCUUUCAAAUAAAAUAUACUUAUCUGCAAGUCAAAAAUCGAUUUGUCUAGAUCUGACAUUGGCAGCCUACGCCCCGCAGGCCAAAUCUGGGCCGUUGGGUAAUUCAAUCUAGCCCGCCUGAUGCUGCCACUGCCAAACUAAAUUUCGAUGCUUUGGCUAAUAAAGCUAAGGAAUUUGUUGAGAUUGCG